AUUGAUGCCGAAAUUCUUCAAUAUCUUUCUUUCUUCAAAUCUUGAUAAUGAUUUCUCUAUGAUACAAAUACAAACUUAACCUCUUUAUUUCUCAACUCUUGUUCGAAUGUUCCCCUGAAAUUCAACCACUCCAAAACUAGAAAGAAAAGCAGGAAGAUAUGUCGGAGAAGCAGUCUCAGUUUCAGCCUCAGGCUCAGCCUAUGAAACUCGUCGUUUUAGCAGACCUUAAUGUGGAUCCUCCUGAAUUUGACGACGAAGAUACCAGUCCCGUCCUUUCUUCUGCACCGAUUCCUUCUAGGUUAAUGACCAAUGAAAUUAAUCUGGAAAAACCGCCCUCGUUAGUCAAAGAAACCAGUGAUGUUGUGGAAGGUGAAGGUAAAAAGCUAAACAAAGUGGGGAAAUGCCGUUCAAGAUCCGGAAAAGUGGACGACCAACUUGAUAAUGGAGUGGAUGCUGAAGGUGACCAACAUUCUCAAGGGGCUCCAUCUCGGGAAGAAAAAGUUAGCAGCCUGAAAACUGGAUUGAUAAAUGUAGCAAGGAAAGCUCCAAAAAAUGCACAUGCCCACUUUUUACUUGGUCUAAUGUACCAGAGACUGGGUCAGCCGCAGAAGGCUGUACCUGCUUAUGAGAAGGCUGAAGAGAUUUUACUCCGUUCGGAUGAGGAGAUUGAUAGGCCAGAACUGCUAUUGUUGGUCCAAAUGCAUCACGCACAGUGUCUCCUCCUAGAAAGUUUGGGAGAAUCCACUUCUGACAAGGAGCUUGAAACUGAAGAGUUGGAAGAGCUCAUUUCAAAGCUCAAAGAAUCAGUGCUGUCAGAUAUUAGACAAGUAUCUUUCUGGAACACUCUAGGUGUCAUUCUUCUUAAAAGUGGUCGUUUGGAGAGUGCUGUUUCAGUUUUGUCAUGUUUGUCAGCCUUGUCACCUCACAACUUGGAUUGCCAUGCAAAUCUUGGUCUUGCUCAUCUGCAAAGUGGAAAUUUGGAGGCUGCCUUGAAUUGCUUCCAGGAAAUAAUUCUAAAAGAUCAGAAUCAUCCAAGUGCUCUUGUUAAUUAUGCUGCCAUUUUGCUAUGCAUGCACGGUUCAACUGUUGCAGGUGCUGGAGCUAGUGUCGGUGAAGCUGGUGCAGAGUCAGAUUCUGCUGCAUCAAUCAAUGUGGCAAAGGAAUGUCUGUUAUCUGCAGUUAAAGCUGAUCCUAAAGCAGCUCAUACGUGGGCAAAUCUUGCCAAUGCAUAUGAUGUUAGUGGUGACUAUAGAAGCUCUAGUAAAUGCUUGGAUAAGGUAGCAAAACUAGAGCCCAACUGUAUGUCUACACGGUAUUCUAUUGCUAUUCACCGUAUCAAAGACGCAGAGAGGUCUCAAAAUCCCACUGAACAGCUAUCCUGGGCUGGAAAUGAAAUGGCUUCAAUAAUCAGAGAAGGAGAUCCUUUGUUGGUUGAUUCUCCAAUCACCUGGGCUGGACUUGCCAUGGUUCACCAGGCUCAGCAUGAAAUUGCAGCAUCAUUUGAAAGUGAACAGAAGGAGUUGAUGGAGGUGGAAGAGCAUGCUAAUAGUACCUUAAAGCAGGCAAUUGGAGAGGACCCGGAUGAUGUUGUACACUGGCACCAGUUGGGACUCCAUAGUCUUCGCACUCAGCAGUUUAAAAUAUCACAGAAGUACCUCAAGGUUGCAGUAUCUCGGUUAAAGGAAUGCAGCUAUGCUUGGUCAAAUCUUGGCAUAUCUCUACAGUUAACAGAAGAAACAUCUCAAGCAGAGAAAGCUUUUAAGCAAGCCUUAUCUUUGGCACCAUCUCAGCAAGCACAUGCGAUAUAUUCCAAUCUGGGGAAUUUCUACAGGCAGGUAAAGAAAUACGAUGUUGCCAAAGCAAUGUUUACAAAAGCACUUAAGCUUCAGCCAGGAUAUGCUCCUGCAUACAACAAUCUAGGUCUUGUGUUUGUCGCUCAGGGUUUAUUGGAAGAAGCAAGGUUUUGUUUUGAUAAAGCUUUACAGGCUGACCCUCUCUUAGAUGCUGCAAAAUCUAACAUGCUUAAAGUCUUGGCUUUGUCCAAGAUAUGCACAAGUUCUCCUUCAACCUUGUAGCGGAUAUAAUUUGGAGAGGACAUGAUGAUUCUGGAGAUAGUCUGUAGCAUUGGAGAUAGAUUCUGUGAAAAUAGCAAGAUGGUUUGGCAUGCAUCCUCUUGAACGUUAUUGCAUGACAUAAUCGCUAUUUGAUAAGAUAGUUUGCGGAGAUUAAUCCAUUUGUCAUCAUUUCGUUGAUGCCAAAAAAGGAUAAGAUUGAUGCUUUGGCUGAAAAUUACUAAAAAAUUACUAAACUCUUGUGCGAUCAUUAGCCUGAUUUCUUGGCUGAGAUUCUCAAUUAGCUUUGGAAUACAGGUUAGCAUUUUUGGGUAUAAAGACGUCCGCAAUAACAGAAAAAUAAUGGGUUUUGUUCACUAAUCAAUACAUGAGCUUAUUGUCCACUCCAGUUGAUAGCUGUAAGAUUGUCAGCAUUUGAUCUGCAUGGAAAAGGGUUGAUGUAGCUAAAAAGCUUCUUCUCCUUUACCUCAUUGUGAUGAUAUUGAAGAGGUCUCUACCUUUAAUUCCUGCUAAGUGAAGUUUUAAGCUUUUGGCUCACUAGCUUUAGGAUGGUUGCUACUUUCUACUUGCUAGACAAUCAGUUCAUAGACAUAGGCAACUGCUUAGUACUUAAGGUUGUUCCUCUACCUGCUACUGAGGAAUUCUCCCUCUUCAGCAAUUUUUAUCAUGUCAGGAAAACCAGGAUGCUGCUCAGAUCAUCUAGUAUCGCACAAGGAAAGGCAUUUUGUCAAAACAAAAUCUUUUCAUCCCUUCAUGUAUGGAAACUGAAAGAAACUUAACCAAAAUAUUAUCACAAGUCCACCAUAUCGCCCUUCUGGCUCACUGAUCAGGUGAUCUCUGUUGCAGUAUAUAUUUCACGUGUCAAAUGGUGUCGACUUUUCCCUUUUGGUUUGAUAGUCAUUGAUCCUGAUGUAAUUAUUGGCUUUAUAUUUGUUUCUUUCGGUAUUUCGAUGUGGCUGAACUAAAAACUUGUUAAAGAUUGGGUUUUGUUCUAUAUCAAAAAAAAAAGAUAGGAUUUUGUUAAAUUGGCAACUGAAAAUUUAUAUAUACAAUUUUGUGCUC